GGCAGCAUUCUUCUGCCUUGUAAGGCCGCAGCCGCCCGCCCUGCGCCUCCUGCCUCCCCGACGGCUCCGCACCGACUCCGCACCGACCGAACCCGGCUCCGCGCACCCACCCAAGAGCCUUCUCCGCACCAGGGCAGCCCCUCCCACCCGACGCCAAGAUGUCCAGCAAGAGAGCCAAGGCCAAGACCACCAAGAAGCGGCCACAGAGGGCCACGUCCAAUGUCUUUGCGAUGUUUGACCAGUCCCAGAUCCAGGAGUUUAAGGAGGCCUUCAACAUGAUCGACCAGAACCGCGACGGCUUCAUUGACAAGGAGGACCUGCACGACAUGCUGGCCUCCCUGGGGAAGAACCCCACGGACGAGUACUUGGAGGGCAUGAUGAGCGAGGCCCCGGGACCCAUCAACUUCACCAUGUUCCUGACCAUGUUCGGGGAGAAGCUGAACGGCACGGACCCCGAGGACGUGAUCCGCAACGCCUUCGCCUGCUUCGACGAGGAGGCCUCAGGCUUUAUCCACGAGGACCACCUUCGGGAGCUGCUCACCACCAUGGGCGACCGCUUCACCGACGAGGAAGUGGACGAGAUGUACCGCGAGGCCCCCAUCGACAAGAAAGGCAACUUCAACUACGUGGAGUUCACCCGCAUCCUCAAACACGGGGCCAAGGACAAGGACGACUAGGCCUCCCGGCCCCCGUGUGCAGGCCCCCGUCCCCGUCACCCACUCCACACACACACAGUCUGCACCUGCUCAUGCCCAGGGGACCCGCUCAGGGAAGCCUCCCUCUGAGGGGUUGGGGCCCGGCUCCCAGUGGAGGAAACAGGCCCAGAGAGGCAGUGCCAGGCAGGGGUCACACAGCCACUGUGCGGCCGGGGUGCCCACUGGGACCCUCCAAGGAAGGAUCAUCCAGGGAGCUGGGCCCGAAGGUGCCAGGGGAAGGCCCCGAAUGAGAGCCCGGGCUGUCCCCACAGGAAGGGCCUGCACCACUUCAAGGGCACCCCAUGCCGGGCAUGAAGCCCUUUCCCAGACACUGCCACCAACUCACGAACCUCACCACAGGGUCCUCGGAGGACGGGUGCCAGAGCCCCCCGCCUGCCCCAGAACACCCCACCCACGGGGAGUGGCUCCUCCGAGAGGCGGAGUCUAAUAGAAGGCUGAACACUG